AUGAGAAACAGGGCUAGCAACUCCCUAUCUAAGGGUAAAAUCCGUCAAUCAUGGAGCAAGUACAACUUGUAUAACCUACAACGAUUGCGAAACCCGGCCACCGCAAACCGCACAUUCUUCCAGCAAAGAUGGACCGCCAAGGCUCUGGGUCGUGCCUAUCACGGUGAACAGGUCCGCGAGGGUCAAUGGAAGCGCAUGUUCUCCAAGCGCAUUCGCAGCGUUGUCCCCAUGGACACCGCCGAUCUGGCCGCCGAUGAUGGAUCUAAGAACUCUGCUGGACGAGGCUCCGGUCUUCAGACGCAGGGCGAUAAGGGCCGUCCUUCUAGAAUUAUCCCUUUCACCCAGAUGGCUUUCGCUCCCCUCGAGCGUCGGUUGGAUGUUGCUAUCUUCCGAUCCCUCUUUGCCAGCAGCACACGUCAAGCGCGCCAAUUUGUUAUUCACGGAGCCGUUACCGUCAAUGGACAGAAGAUGCGACACCCCAGCUAUCUCCUCAACCCCGGUGACCUCUUCCAAGUCGACCCCGACCGCGUGAUGUUUGCCACAGGUGCCCCCAAGACAAAAUUCGAACGACGUGAAACCCGCCAGCUGAAGCAGAAGGAUGAAGAGGAAGCCGAGGGUGAAUCCGAGGCCAAGUCCGAGGAGGCCGCCGAGACGAAGCCAGACGCCGAGAAGGAAGAUGGCCGGGAUACCCUCAAGGCAUUGAUGGCUCAAGCCAAGAACAUCAUGUCCACAGACAAGGAAGUCCUGCCAGCCAAGCGCAAGCAGGAACUCCGUGGAUUCCAAAAGGCCGUACGCCGUGUUCUAUCCCGCUCCGGAACCAGCACUAUCCUCACAGACAACCUGGAAGCUCAAUUCUCCGAGCUCACCCUGAUGCUGAAUGCGAAGCGUGCCGAGAAGAAGCCCGCCAAGCAGACCAAGCAGGCCAAGAAUGACUCCGAAGAGUCCAACGCUGCUACUUCCGUCGAGCCCGAGGCCGCAAGCAACAAGCUCUCCGAAGCCUUCCAGGCCGCUGCUGAGGGCGCCGACGUCGACGCGUCCGAGCUGACCGAUGAGGAAUUCGAGGUCCUCAAGCGUGCUCUUACUCAGAUGCGCGAUAACCCUAUCGACAACUCCAAGCCCUACGCCACCCCAUGGCGCCCGCGUGACUUCAUGUCCGCCUUCGCUUUCAUCCCCCGCUACCUCGAAGUCAACCAGAACAUCUGCGCCGCUGUGUACCUGCGUCACCCCGUUGCCCGUCCCGGUUCUGCCGAGGUCCCUACUCCCUUCGGUGAGAGCAUCAGUACCCCGGCUUAUGGCUGGUACUUGAAGAGACGGUGGUAG